AUGCGCCUAGUGACCACUACUGGCGCCAUGGUGCAAGCCAUCACUGUACUAACAGUCCUAAGAAUGAUGACGAAAGCCCAAACAACAUGCAAUCAAGGUAUGGGUCGGGUAAUGUACGAGAGACUACCAAACCACCAGCUACAAGGAUUCGAUGACGAUGUGGUACGAGACACUUCACCGCCCUUUCGUGUAUUAGAAAGAUGUCAAGAUUUAUGCCUAAGGGACCGAACAGCGACCAACAAUAUUGUCAGAGCUUGCUCAUCAUUCGACUUUCAACCAGGGGCCAGAGUGGCCUCAUAUUCAGGUAACACAGAAUAUGAAGAAUCGACAUGUUAUUUGUCCAGGGAGCAGGCGGCUCCUGAGGGCAUCGGGAAUUUGAUGCUGGUGCCCAACAGUGUCCAUUUCACAGAAAUUUGCCUAACAUCGAAUCGUCCAGAACGUGAAUGUCCUAGCAGAAGAUAUGUUUUCGAAAGACAUCCAAGAAAGCGUCUAAAGUUGCCAGUAUCCGAUUACAAAGAGGUGUCUGCCAACAAUAGGACCGAUUGCGAGGACAAAUGUCUAUCAGAAUUUAGUUUUGUGUGCAGAUCUGCAAGUUUCGACGUCAACAUGAGGUCCUGUGCCCUUAGCAGGUUUACGAGAAGAACCCAUCCAGAAUUAUUAGAGGACGACCCCAACGGAGACUACUUGGAAAACACUUGUCUCAACUCCGAACGGCGUUGUGACGGUUUAGCCGUGUUCGUGAAAGAAGAGAACAAACGUUUGGGAGGACCCUUCGAAGUCGACAUCCUGAACAAUGUCACUCUCGAGGAAUGCCAGUCGAUGUGUAUGAGAGCCGAGAAAUAUUUCUGUCGUUCGGUGGAAUUCGACGACGCCACUCACCAGUGCACCCUGAGUGAAGAGGAUUCGGUUUCCCAAAAGGAUGACCUCAGCAUUGCCAGCAGCCCCACGCACCACUUUUACGACUUGGUUUGCUUGGACAACCCUCGGGGCAGCGAGUACCCCGACAAUUCAGUGACGUCCCAUUUGUUCGCGUCGGGGGCUGGCAGAAGAAGGGGCGCCGACACUGCCUUCCAGAGGUACAGAAAUUCCAGACUGGGAGGAGAAUUCCAUUCGGAGAUAACCGGUCGAUCUCUGAGCGAAUGCCUGGACGAAUGCCUUAGGCAAACGUCAUUCCAAUGUCGAUCAGCAGUUUACAGCGAUCGUUUCCGAACAUGUCGCCUUAGCCGCUUCAACCAAAGGGACGGAAUGCGAAUCGUCUACGACGCCGAUUACGAUUAUUAUGAAAAUUUAAUGCAUAAUUUAUUAAACGGCGAUGGCGACAUGACAACAGGAGGCCGACCCGACGACAUGUGGCCGCACAGACCGGGUGACCGUUACCCAAUGGGCGGCGACAGAUACCCAGACAUGUACCCCGGUGACAGAUACCCAGGCGGCGACUAUCAUCCCGGAGGCGAUAGAUAUCCUCCGGGAGGCGAUAGAUAUCCUCCGGGAGGCGACAGGUACCCGUCUGGAGGCGACAGAUUUCCUGACGACAACAGACUGCCUGGAGACAGAUAUCCUCCGGGCGGCGAUCGAUAUCCAGGAGGUGACAGAUUGCCGCCGCCUGAUGACAGAUAUCCUGGAGGCAGACUUCCACCAGGUGAUAGAUAUCCUGGGGGCGAUAGGUAUCCUCCGGGAGGCGAUAGAUAUCCUCCGGGAGGCGAUAGGUAUCCUCCGGGAGGCGAUAGAUACCCUCCAGGUGAUAGAUAUCCUCCGGGCGGCGAUAGGUAUCCUCCGGGAGGCGAUAGGUAUCCUCCGGGAGGCGAUAGGUAUCCUCCAGGUGACAGGUAUCCUCCGGGAGGCGACAGGUAUCCUCCGGGAGGCGAUAGAUAUCCUCCGGGCGGCGAUAGAUACCCUCCAGGUGAUAGAUAUCCUGGAAUUGGAGACAGAUAUCCUCCCGGCGGUGACAGAUAUCAUCCAGGAGGAGAUAGAGAUAGAUAUCCCCCAGGCAAUGACAGAGACAGAUAUCCUGGCGGUGAUAGAUACAGACCACCGUACGAUCCGUACGAUCCUUAUUGGGACUCUUAUGAUAUGCACAAAGGCCAAUACCCGGACCGUUACCCGAACGAGAUCGGGCACCGUUACCCGGGCUCAAUAGGGCCAAAACGACCCGGGUACUACGAACGAGAGAUUCCGGGUCGUGGCGACAGAUUUCCUACCGGAUGGGACAGACCAUAUCCGGCUGGCGGUGGAAAGGAACCACCACAUUAUCCGCCAAGUGGUGGUGGAGGAAAAGAUAAAUAUCCUCCGGUGAAACCUCUGCCGGAUUCGGUUAACGGGAGUCACCCUUACUAUCCGAGCAAAGACGGAGAGAGAUACCCCAAUGAUAGAAAUCCUAAUGACAGGGACAGAUAUCCUGGUGACAGAGACAGAUAUCCUGGUGACAGAGACAGAUAUCCUGGUGACAGAGGACGUUAUCCUGCUUAUUAUCCUAGAUAUCCUGGAGACAAAGACAGAUAUCCUGGCGACAGAGACAGAGGACGUUACCCAGCUUUUUAUCCAGGAGAAAGGGAUAGAUAUCCUUUAGACAGAGACAGAUAUCCCAUGGACAGAGACAGGUAUCCUUUAGACAGAGACAGAUAUCCUACAGACAGAGACAGAUAUCCUAUAGACAGAGACAGAUAUCCCAUGGAUAGAGACAGGUAUCCUAUAGACAGAGACAGGUAUCCUAUAGACAGAGACAGGUAUCCUAUGGACAGAGACAGGUAUCCUUUAGACAGAGACAGAUACCCGUUAGACAAAGACAAGGGACGUUAUCCUGCCUAUUAUCCUGGUGAUAGGUAUCCUUUGGAUAGAGAAAGAUAUCCUGGAGGAAGUAGGAUGCCCAUGGAUCGAUAUCCAGGUCGCUUCGGUUACGGUUACGGCCCGGAUCGCGUAGGUUCCGGAGGUUUGGCUCCGGAUCGGUUCGGCUACUCCGGAGGAGACCGGUUUGGAGGAAACGGUUACGGUACAGAUCGGUACGGACCUGACCGGUAUGGAAACGGUUACGGUUCAGACCGAUACGGCGGAGGUGAGGACAGGUUUAUAUUCUCAUUCGGAAGUUUCGGUAACGGUUUCGACAAUACCCUAGGACCCUACGGGGGCGAUGGUUUUGGGGGCUUAGGCCCCGCCAGACCCUUCAUGUCCAGGUGCGAUGAUGGAGAUAAUUUCAAACAGGUGGGUACGAGACAACGAAUGCGUCGUCCUUACAUCAGACGAUUUUUGACCGUGACCACACUAGCGGCCUGUCAGAGGGAGUGCAUCGAAGCACAAGAAUUCAUUUGCAGAUCCUUUAAUUACAGGGACGGCCCAGUUUCCCUGAGCGUGUCGCCCUACGACCGGCGAGACUCGCGCCUCGAUUCGUCCUCUCAGAGCAAAGAAAACUGCGAAUUGAGCGACCGAGACUCCAGAGACGCCCCAGGAGCAGGCCCCCCGAUCGGUGGCGAACGUAACGGAGGCGGCUCCGACAGAUUCGACUACGGGGCGCAGAACGGAGGCUUCGAAUUUUACGAGAGGACCUUCGGCUCUGACGGACGGGGCGGAGACGGAGACUGUUUGGACGUGAGUCAGACAUGUACCGAAGAUGGUAUGGAGUUUACCCUCCGAACUCCUCAAGGGUUCUACGGAAGAAUAUACACUCACGGCCAUUACGACAGGUGCUUCUUUAGGGGCGACGGAGGAACCGUCAACGUUUUGAGGGUCUCCGGAGCUCAGGGCUAUCCUGAUUGUGGAACACUGAGAUAUGGUGACACCAUGACGAAUAUAGUAGUCGUGCAAUUCAGUGACAACGUACAAACUGGCAAAGACAAACGAUUUAAUUUGACGUGCUUAUUCAGAGGUCCUGGUGAGGCUGUAGUCACUUCAGGAUAUAUUGGAGCGGGAUCUGGUAGUCCCAUCCCGAUAGAGUACCUCCCAGCUGAAAAUUCUUUGAGUUCCAAAGUGCGUCUGAUGAUCCUUUACCAUGGACGACCGACGACGACAAUUGCCGUCGGAGACCCCUUGACAUUCCGCCUGGAACCCCAGGAUGGCUACGGUUACGUAACAGACAUCUUCGCCACUAAUGUUGUCGCCAGGGACCCCUACAGUGGAAGAUCCGUCCAAUUGAUCGACAGAUAUGGAUGUCCGGUGGACAACUUUGUAUUCCCUGAGCUGGACAGAUUGCGAGAUGGUGACUCUUUGGAAGCAAGAUUCAACGCCUUCAAGAUUCCAGAGUCCAACUUCUUAGUUUUUGAGGCAACUGUUAGGACUUGCAGAGACGGUUGCCAACCAGCCUACUGUUCCUCAGGGCACGCAGGACGUUCCGAGCCAUCCUUUGGAAAACGCAGAAGACGUCGCAAUGUCACUUUCAACUCAUACAAUGACACCGACACGGGUUACAAUGUCACCAAUGACACCGACUUUGACAAUGAAGAUGUUGACAGUCCAUUGGAUGACGAGCAAAGCUUCUUGGUGACUUCGGAAGGUGGUGAACAGAAUUUGACCAAGAAAGAUUCUAAAUCUUCGAAAGAAGAUGAUUCUGGUGACGGCUUGAAGACUGACCAGGAGGAGAACGAAGACGAGCACGAGAUGCCGGAACAAGUUAGAGAAAUGAUAGAAGUGUUUGAGUCCCGCGAAGAGUUGCAGCAGACUGCCAGAAGGGCCCAGGCUUUAGUAGAAGACCCUAAUUUGGUCAAUCGGGAAACCGGACCAAUUUACACGAGUACCCUACAGGAUCCCAACCAAGUCUGCGUCACUGGCACCGAAUACAAGGCCAUAGUGACGUCACUUGGGGUAUUGUUCACACUGCUGUUGGGUGUCACGACAGCCUCAGCCUAUUUUUACAGGCGUUACUGGACAGUAAUGACCAAAAACUAUUUGGCCAAUCGCGGUGAUCACUUGACAACUGAAUAUACUUAUAACACACGAAUGGGUACCAAUUCUGCGCCCAACAACAACACCAACAACUCUAGGAUGAGAUCAGGCAUCAGCAACUUGUCUUUGUUUGCGCCAGGUUUACAAAAACCAUUUUCACCAAGGACAAUAUUCCAAACCCAACCCAUCGACCCUUCUAACAGGCCUAGCCAACCCACAUCAUCGAGCACUCACAGCAUCCCGGGAAUUUCGACAAUCGGCAUAUCCCGCCUUUUGGGAGUCUCCGAGCAAAAUUCCAACUCGAGGGCGUUACUUCUAGGAUCGAAUUUGGAAUUGGGAAGUGAUGCUGGGCCCAGACCGGGGUCCUUUGAUGACCCUAGCGAACCCAUUUAUACGGACCCUUCGCUGUUCGAGAGGUCCAGGAGUUUGAGGAGUUUGGAUGAUCAUAAAUGA